UUCUUGAUUGAAAAUCAGCAAUCAGCCACAGACGACAGACGCGGAGCCUGUUUGUACGUGGACUCUAAAAAUGACGGCGCUCUUAUCAAAGUAACAGGCUGCAAUGACACUGACGCAAAACAGAACUGGGCUUACACUCUUAAAGGACAGAUUAUGAACUCAUUUUCCAAGUUGUGCAUUGAUUCAAACGGAGCCUCCACGGGCUCGAAACUGAUACAGAGUAAGUGCGAUCCUUCUAAAGAUGAUCAAAGCUUCCAAUGUGACUUGACUGUUCGAACUCUCAAAAGGCGAAGAUCUGAUCAAUGUUGGACAGUUGGUAAGACGAGCUUAAAUGGUGCUGGCUCUCUCGUUCAUCUUGGUUCACUGAAGUGUAUUCAUCCUCAAGGGGGAGGGAACAAUGUAGCUGAGGGCAACAAGUUGGUUAUUUAGGAAGGGUGUAGUCUUGACAGAUUAGAAUUUGUCCUUCAAAAUGGUAACCUGAAACACACCAAGAGUGGGAAAUGUGUACGGCCAAUGGGAGCCAUUAAAGAUGGUGUAGUUCUUGGUUUAUUUUCAUCAUGUGGGGGACAUCAGUUUAGUUUCACUGCUGGAGGAUCUCUUCAACACGUUGCAAGCAAAAAAUGUGUUAACACAAGACUGGGAAAAAUGAAACCGGCAAACAAUGAAGACAUAGUGCUUAACAGUGGUUGUGAGAACAGUGCCACUUCUCUGAACAAAGAACAUCUCUUGUUCAGUUUUAUACCAACUGAUCCAAACGUUCAUCUUGACAAGUGCAGUUACUUUGAACAAGCGAGACUAGAUCAGCGGUUCGAAGUUGCGGAUGAACCAGUAUUGAGCAUCUGUGGCAAGUUCGCUAGAAAUCUGGCUUUCAAGAAGACAACGGAACAAUCAAGCACUGAUUCUAACGGUUUCAGCAGCAGAGCCGUGGAUGAAAACUAUUCUGUCUAUUAUAAUGAAAAAUCUUGCACUCACACAAAGAAAGAACAGAAUCCAUGGUGGAGGGUGGAUCUUGGAAGGGAGUAUAUUGUAACAGACGUCCUGAUUGUAAACCGAUAUAACAACUUUGAAAGACUCAAGAACUUUGACGUCAGGAUUGGCAUCAUUAGAAACAACUUGAAGAACCCCUCGUGUGGUGACCGCGUGAGGACGGUAGGCCAGGGACAAGGUCUAAGGGUGCAGUGUGAUCCACCAAUCCCAGGUCGAUACGUGUCAGUGCAGAUGUUUGGGGAAGGAAUUCUAACCAUGUGUGAAGUUGCAGUUUACUCUCGAGUUGGCUCCUUUGCAGAUCUUUGUCAACUUGAUAAUGGCGGCUGCUCACAGGUUUGUUAUAACUUGUGUAAUCUUCGAGUCAGGUGUGGUUGCUGGCCUGGUUACACUCUCGCUUACGAUGGAAUAACUUGUGUCGCUGUCGUGCUUCAAACAUUUAAUGGCCGUUUGUAA